AGAAGCGCCGUUUUUUCCUGCCGUGAUGACAGAAACCGACGGUACCGGCAUAUGAGCCGCUCCUCUUUUCUCUGCACGUACCAAACCGGACUGAACCUUCAGUGCAUAUUCAUAAAAAAAACCUACAGACCCCCAGAACACGUACUAUACAUAGGGGAUACUUAUAGAUCCAGAAACUUUAAUGUCGGGCAUUAAUAGACAGAUAAAUCAUAUGAUGGAGACGGAGAUCCACGUGCCGGUGGGGUCACCGGCGAUAAGAAAAUUCCCGAUAUUCGUGGAUGAGCACAAUGUGACGGAAGGGGCGAUGAAGCUGAUCAAAGAGCUCAGACCGCGCUGGGACCCGAACCUGAUCCGGACUAAGCUUUUCACCGACGGUACGACUAACAAACUGGUGGGGUGUUAUGUGGAGGACUGCCUCGAGGAUGUGGUGCUGGUGAGGGUGUACGGCAACAAAACGGAGCUGAUCGUAGACCGAGACAAUGAACUGAAGAGCUUCCAGGUUUUGCACGCCAAUGGAUGCGCGCCUCGACUUUACUGCACCUUCCAGAAUGGCAUCUGCUACGAGUUCAUGCAAGGACGUGCUCUGGAUACUCAAGACGUCAGGGACCCAGUGUUACUCAGACUGAUCGCACGUGAAAUGGCUCGCAUUCACGCCAUCCACGCACACAACGGCUGCAUCCCCAAACCCAACCUGUGGAUCAAAAUGCGCAAGUACUUCUCACUGGUCGCCACUGAGUUCACAGACCAAGCAUCUAACGUCAGAAUUCAGCAGGAAGUGCCCAGUCAGGAAGUUCUAGAACAGGAAAUGAUGUGGAUGAAGGAACACCUGUCACAGCUGGGUUCUCCUGUAGUGCUCUGUCACAACGACCUGCUCUGCAAGAACAUCAUUCACAAUGCAAAGGAAGGUCAUGUUCGGUUUAUCGAUUAUGAAUAUUCAAGUUACAACUAUCAAGCAUUUGACAUUGGAAACCAUUUUAAUGAAUUUGCGGGCAUGAGUGAACCUGACUAUAACCUUUAUCCCAGUCGAGAGAUGCAGUUGGAUUGGUUGCACACUUACUUGCAGGCCUACAAGCUCUUUACCAAGAAAGGUGACGAGGUGAGCCAGCGUGAACUGGAGACGCUUUUCGUACAGGUCAACAAAUUUGCUCUGGCUUCACAUUUCUUCUGGGGUUUCUGGGCACUGAUCCAAGCCAAGUACUCCACCAUCGAGUUUGACUUCCUCGGGUAUGCCGUGCUACGUUUCAAUCAGUACUUCAAUACCAAACCUGCUGUAAUGGCUCUGGAGAUCCCCAAGUGAGAGGUCAAGAUGAGAGGACAGUGCUGGUAUCUAUUGAACGUUUGACUGUGGAAUCAGAGGCCUUUUCAGUCAGAGAAGCAGGGGUGAGCACUGGGACCUCUUACGAUUGGUUGACAACUCGUCUGCCAUUCGCAGUUCCACAAACUUUUUUUCGAUUCCUUUUUUUCAAACACCAUGUUUCUCUUUGGGACUCAACUUCUAGUCGAUCAAGUGUCCCUUGAAAUUAAUGUGUUUUUUAUAUUUUAGUUACAGUUUAUUUAUUAAUUAUUACCGGCCACUCAUUUUGCACCAAAGUAGUCCUUGCGCUCUCUGAGCCGACUUUACUUUGACUUCUCGUUAUGGGUUUUGCGGUGUGAAGAACCUGCAGAAUUUGCUGUGAAGGGGGCCUGUAGUGAUGUUUAGCGAGGGGAUACUUUGAGACUGCGCGGGAACAUCCGGCCUGCGGCUUCACAGUGCUUCUGUCAAACGCGUGCGGCCCGCCGCUGUUUCUUUUGCAAUGACAAAUGCUCAAAGUAAAAAAAAAAAAAUAGUGCUUUUUUUAGGUUUAUCUUACUGUGCAGUAAUGGGGUUAUGUGUAAAAAAUCUAGGAUGGUAAUACAAAAGAGCCCAAAGGGAACUAAAUAGUUAGCGAGGUCGAAAUCCUGCCCUGUUCUGCGCUGUUACGCACUUGAGCAAAUGACUUAAACCCUGCAAUUAGUCCCCUGUAAGUCACUUUUAAUGAAUGGCGUCAGCUAAAAGGCAAGUAACCAAGUAACCGCUGAAGUCAAUGUAACCUCACUUCAGACAUUUCCAAGAAGUCAGGGCCAUGAGACCCUUCAGCGUCUUUUAUGGUAGCUUUUAUGGUUGUGAGGAGUUCUGUUGAAUUUUCCACUUAUCACAGGCUGUGGAAUAUUACCACCUGCCUCCCGCUUCCCCUCCUUCCCUCGCUGUCUGUCCUAAAUGCGUUUGCAUCACCUGGCAGAGUUCAAACUGAGAUUUGAAAGUCAUUAUCUGCUCAAUGAUCACUAAGCUCAUUCCUAAUGUGACCCCUCCCAAACGUCAAUCUAAUGGUUUUCCAAAACUGGAAAAGGGGGCAAUAUUUAUGCAACGGUGUUUUGCGAUUCAAUUCAGGUCACCACCUGCGAGGACUCGAUGUCCGGAAGUAAAAAGAUUAUUUAAGUUUAUAAUAUUAAUUGAUUUAGGAAUGAUUUAGAGUCCUUAAAUACCCCGGGACUCUCUUGUUGUAUUUGUUUUGUUGUUGUUUUUUUACAAGUACGUUUAGUUUAGUUUCACUGUUGUUUAGCUCUCACGUACGAGAUCAUAAUUUCACAUUUCCCAGUGUUUUGCUUUAUUAAAUAUCUUUGUCGCAUAUAUUAUCCUUUGCUGCAAAAUGUCAGUUUUUGUCCCAAGUAAAACAUUUUGGUAGAAACUUGCUAAAGCCCCACAGAGCACAAAAUUGAUUUUGUCAUGCGUAUUGAAAAUGCCAAGAACUGCACCGUUUCUGUCACUACAGCUGUAAUAUUGUACUGUAAAUUAGAGGUAGAGCGAUAUUUGUGGGAAUCCGUCAAGAACAUUUCAGGCCAUAUACCCCCCCCCAAAAAAAAAAAAUAAUACAAAAAAAUAAAUAAUAAUAAA